UGCUUACACAACUUCGUCAAGUAAAAGUCUCUGUACACAGUGCUUUACAAUCAUUUCCUGGCAUAUUCAAAGUACACUUCAAGUGAAGCAACAAAAUACAAGCUGAGACUAAAGGCUGAAUAUUGCAUUUGGUGCAGGAGAAAACUUCAGAACCACAAAGACUGAGAGCUAAAAUGGGUGACGUUCAAGAUUAUGAUGACUUUGAUAGUAUUGACUGGUGGGAUGGGGAUGAAAACUGCACCCCUAAACCGUUCCCCUCUGAACAGCAUGUGUCUGUGCUAGGUGCCCGCCACUGGUUCACUCUGAUCUGCUACAGCAUUGUCUUCCUGUUAGGUGUCCCUGGCAAUGGACUGGUGGUGUGGGUUACUGCAUUCCGAAUGCCCAACUCUGUAAAUGCACAGUGGUUUCUGAAUCUAGCCAUUGCAGAUCUGUUGUGUUGCUUAUCCCUGCCUCUGCUGAUGGUACCACUUGCCCAGGACCAGCACUGGCCGUUUGGUCCAUUGGCAUGCAAAGUAGUACACAGUAUGUUGUACAUGUUGAUGUACUGCAGUGUUUUGCUCCUGGUCAUGAUCAGCUUGGACCGCUUUCUGCUGGUGACCAAACCUGUGUGGUGCCAGAACCAGAGGCAUCCGAGGCAAGCCAGGUUGACAUGUUUGGUGAUUUGGAUACUGGCACUCUUAGGAAGCUCUCCUCAGUUUGUUUAUAUGAAGGCGAAGGAAGAUAAUGUCACACUCAAAACAUUGUGUGUUAGUGUCCACCAUAGCCCUGGUUCUGCUUGGGCUGUGACCAUUGUCCGUUUUUUUCUGUCUUUUCUGUUACCUUUCUCGAUAAUCUGUGUCAGCCAUUGGAAGGUGUUCCAGAUGACAAGAAACAGGCAUGGAAGAAAAGGCAAUGAAAAGUCAUCUCGCACGCUGCGUAUAAUCCUCACUUUGGUGUUUAGCUUCUUCCUUUGCUGGAUUCCUCUUCACAUUGUGGAUCUUCUUCAACUGAUUACAUACAAGAAAUCAGGAAGCUUACACACCAACCUGCGUCUAGCCCACGUGUUAGCGCUCUGCUUGGCUUACAUUAACAGCUGCCUCAAUCCUCUGCUCUACGUAUGUCUUGGACGUGGUUUUAAAGAAAAUCUUAUCAGCUCACUGCGUAGUGUGCUCCACUUUGCAUCCGAGGCACCACCCAGUGGAAUGAGUUUUACUGCAAGCAGUAAGACAACCACAGAUGGCAACAGUGGCAUGAUCAGGGAGAUGCCUCUGUGAAACUUUACCUAUACAAGUGGAUGUAAACGAGAAGCUCUUAUAAACCUGGGGAGAUCAAUGUGCUAACGUUCCCAUUCAUCUCAAUGCAAGUUGCUCAUUCAAUCCUGGAAGUAUGCGACCUGGAUGUAAGUGCCAUGACUGAUCUGCUAUGACUGACUCAAUACAGCUGACAGGGAAAAAUACAAGUCAAUUUCACUCUGUUAAGAAAUUUCCAAAAACAUCAGGCACUAGUGCAACACAGUGUUACGACUCUCCCAGUCCGCUACCAGUUUUCUUUUCUUCUCCUUUAGUGUGUACUGUGUUGUGUUUGCUGGUGAUUGCUGGGCUGGUGUGCAGGUUCCCCAACCAAUUUAACCCGCUUCUUUCCUUUGCGUGAGAUAUGAAAUAUGCCUUACUAGAUAAAAACGAACCUGCCAGGUGUGUUCUGUCUUUCCUUGCUUGACUAAUCACUUGAGGUCAGUGAAGAGUGAUAAAGCGAUAAAACAGUCUGUUUAGCUGUGCACAUGAUUCUGAAAACCUUUAAUUAAACCACAUUUAGGAAACAGUAUUUUUAUUUGCAAGUACAGCACUCUGGUCAAUAAUGCUGCAGUCCAGUGUGAAGCUCAGUCCUUGCUUGGUAACCUUUCAAACCAGGGACUAAAAAUGGUUCAAGAAACAAAAAUUAUAUAUCUAUAUCUAUCUAUCUAUCUAUAUAUAUAUCUAUCUAUCUAUAUAUAUAUCUAUAUAUAUAUAUAUAUAUAUUUCAGAACGUAACCACAAAAGGGAACAAAAUCCCUUUUAAUAGUAACUGGUUCAUUUUUUCCCCGAUGAUAAAAAAAAGCAUGUGCUUUAAUUUUGAAGACAAACCGCUACUUUAAAAACUAGUGUUAAAAAAUAAAAAUCACUUGCCCCCCAAAAGGUGACGUUUAGUCCAAACGCACCCAUGCAGUCUGUGCAUGAAUACAGGAGAGAGAUUUUGGCUAUUAAUUGAUUUUAGGUGGGCAAAUGAAUAUUUGAAAUAUUUAAAAUAUUUUUGGGGAUAUACAUUUAAUAUUAAGAAUACAUUUAUUGAAAAGAUGUUUCUUUAUAUAGGCUACUGUAUACCAUGCUUAUUAUGAUUCCUAUCCUGACAAUUCCCCAACAUGGAGAAAAAUAAAAUAAAAUGAAUUGUUUCUUUUUGCUUAUUCGGGGUGAAGUCCCUUAUUUUGAGUUUGUUUUUCAAAAUAUUAUUUUUUCAAAAUAAACAAAAGGUGCCUUUUUUUCCAGUGAGAUCUGGCAACAGGGCAACUGUUAGCACAGAGAACCGGCACUGUCAUAAAAAAUAAAUAAAUAAAAUAAAAAUAAAAAUAAAGGUAUUAACUGCUCUUUAAUUUUGUUCUAACCGGAUACCAUUUGGAUAGGAUGCAAUGGAAUGCUGGAGCCAGAAUUAAAAAUAAAAUAA